AUGUGGUCGACUGUGAUUUUUUGGUUAAGUUGUAUUUCGUUGGUGAUUAGUGUCGAUGUGAAUAUUUACGGUAGUACAACUGAUGGAUGGGAAUUCGUACGGGAUUUGUUCCGAGAGAAUUUCGUACAAGGGCGAGAUACCGGUGGCUCAAUUGCGAUUUAUCAUCAGGGUCGGUUGGUAGUGGAUUUGGCUGGCGGAUGGUUCGAUGCAUCAAACACAAGAGUCUAUGAUAACGAGACACUUCAAUUGGUAUUCUCAACGUCAAAAGGUUUAGUUGCUAUUGCUGCGGCACUUUGCGUUCAACGAGGUCUUUUGAACUAUUCAGCACUUGUAACGCGCUACUGGCCAGAAUAUGGGCAGAAAGGCAAAGAGAAUACGACGGUCGCCGAUAUUCUGUCACAUCGUGCUGGUGUGCCUGAUGUUUCGAUCUCUUCAUUCGACCAAUAUCGUAAUUGGACAACAAUGAUUGAUUUACUCGAGCAGGAAAGACCUGUUUGGAUUCCAGGACAUGCUCAAGGUUAUCAUGCACUGACCUAUGGAUGGUUAGUUGGCGAAAUCGUACGACGAGUUGAUCCACAGAAGCGAACAAUCGGAGAAUUUAUUCGAGAUGAAAUCGCCGAUCGAAUACAAACUGAAUUCUACAUUGGUCUUCCGCAAGAGUUCGAACAACGAGUAUCACCGCUAAUUUUCACUGAUGUCGAAGGAAUCUUGAAUGGAUCCAUGUUGACAUUGUAUAAUUUCUACAAUGAAGUAGAAACACAUCAAGCAGAAAUUCCGGUCGCAAAUGGUAUCACUAAUGCACGAUCGCUAGCUUGCAUUUUUGCCUCGCUCAUUGGCAAUAUCGAUGAUCGAAAAGAGAGUCGACUAUUGCAAGCGGAAAUCUUGCAACACGCCACAACAUCGAAUACAUUGCCGAACGAAAUCGAUCUCAUCUUGCAAAUACCCUUUCCUUUUGGUAUGGGUUUUAUGCUUUACGAACACGAUUUUCCGAUGUUCGGACCGAAAUCAUUUGGUCAUAGUGGUAAGAUCGAUUUGUAA